AGACGCUAAAGAAAUUCGUCGUUACUAGUGUCGCGUCGAUGCACUCAAUUAUGCCAAAUCUGGCCACACUGGUUGGUAUCUCAUAACUAAAUCUUAUGUUGUGUUUAGCUCCUCCAUGAAGUGAUUUUUAAGAAUAAUCGCGGAGAGGUUGCUUAUUCCAUACGGAAAAUAUUUUUAUUUUCACAUAAAAGUUUCAAGCAUAAUAUAAACUUGUACAAAAUGGGUGACGAAGUUAAUCCAAAAGCAUAUCCUUUAGCUGAUGCUACAUUAACCGCAAAAAUCUUAAAUUUAGUACAGCAAGCAAUGAAUUAUAAGCAAUUAAGAAAAGGGGCUAAUGAGGCAACAAAAACAUUGAACCGUGGAUUAUCAGAGUUCAUUGUAAUGGCUGCAGAUGCAGAACCAUUGGAGAUCUUACUACACUUACCAUUAUUGUGCGAAGAUAAAAACAUUCCAUACGUAUUUGUUAGGAGCAAACAAGCUUUAGGUCGUGCUUGUGGAGUAUCUAGACCUGUUGCUGCUUGUUCUGUAACAGUUAAUGAAGGCUCACAAUUGAAACCCCAGAUUCAAGCUAUACAGCAAGAAAUUGAACGUCUUUUAGUUUAAGUAAUUUGUAUCUGAUAUGAAAACUUUUCUUUAAACUUCGAAUCCAUAUUGCCAUUCACAUAUUUGUAAACCAGAACAAUCAAAUACUUUAUGUAUAAAUCAAUUACACGAUUAAAAAUUUUAAGGAAAAAAUUUUAAUUUCUAUUUAAUCUCAAAGUUCAUAUAAGGCCUAAUAGAGGCUGAUGAAGCUUGCUCAGGCCUCUU